AUGGACAAGCUGAGCAAGGGCGAGAUUUCCGACCUCGCGGUCACCUAUGCCGUGUGGCUGCUGCACGAUGGCGGCGUCUCCGUUGAUGCCGACAAGCUCCAGACCGUGCUCUCCGCCGCUGGUGUUGAUGUGCCCGCUUUCUACACCAAGCUCUACGCUAAGGCCGUCACUGAUGUCAAGAAGCUCGACGACAUUGUCUCCGCCUCGACCACCGUCUCCGCUGGUGGUGCCGCCCCCGCUGCCGGCUCUGCCCCCGCCGCCGCUGCUGCCCCCGCUGCCGCUAAGGAGGAGGCCAAGAAGGAGGAGGAAGAGGACGAUGAUGUCUUCGGUGAUGGUGGUGGUGAUGGUGGUAUGGGCCUCUUCGGCGGCGGUGAUGAGGAUGACUACUAA